AUGGCAUCCACAACAUCAUUGGUCACAUUUUCAUUGAUAACAAUGUCGGUCAAUGGCAUCCACAACAUCCUUGGUCAUUUUUCAUUGAUAACAAUGUCGGUCAAUGGCAUCCACAACAUCCUUUUUUCAUUGAUAACAAUGUCGGUCAAUGGCAUCCACAACAUCCUGGUCACAUUUUCAUUGAUAACAAUGUCGGUCAAUGGCAUCCACAACAUCCUUGGUCACAUUGAUCACAUCCACAACAUUUUCAUUUUCAUUGAUAACAAUGUCAGUCAAUCAUUGGCAUCCACAACAUCCUUGGUCACAUUUUCAUUGAUAACAAUGUCGGUCAAUGGCAUCCACAACAUCCUUGGUCACAUUUUCAUUGAUAACAAUGUCGGUCAAUGGCAUCCACAAUCCUUGGUCACAUUUUCAUUGAUAACAAUGUCGGUCAAUGGCAUCCACAACAUCCUUGGUCACAUUCUCAUUGAUAACAAUGUCGGUCAAUGGCAUCCACAACAUCCUUGGUCACAUUUUCAUUGA